AUGGCUUUUCACGAUGCUGCCAACGACGAGUCGGCAUCGCUGCUCGGGGAUGCAGCUCGAGGAAACCAUGGGCACUCCCUCGCCGAACCUCCCGUUCGCCGAGCCCGACCUCUCUUCAUUUCGCACCUGCUUUCUACCUGGAACUCCCGGGUGUUCGAAUUCGGAGCCGUGCUCUACUUGGCGGUCAUCUUUCCCGACACGCUUCUGCCAAUGUCCGUCUAUGCAUUGACCCGCGGGCUCGCCGUCAUUCUCUUCUCCUCCGCCGUCGGGCACUAUGUCGACGUCGGCAAUCGAUUGCGGGUAGUUCGCGUGUCCAUCGUAUAUCAGCGGCUCGCCGUUGCCGUCUCCUGCGCCCUCUUCUACCUCUUGUCCCGUGGACAGCCCCUUCGCCCGGGCACAAGGACUGGUGUGCUUGGGCUCAUUACGGCAUUGGCUUGCGUGGAAAAGCUAUGCUCCGUCAUGAAUAUGGUGGCCGUCGAGAGGGAUUGGGUUGUUGUCUUGGCUGGGAAAGACUUCGAGGCAUUGCAAUCCCUCAACGCGCAGAUGCGCCGAAUCGAUUUGCUUUGCAAACUUCUCGGGCCGCUCUUCAUCGCCACCAUGCAUGCGUUCUCAAUCGAAUUUGCCAUCCUGGUUAACUUCUUCAUGAACGCUGCCUCUGUUCCUGUCGAAUAUUUUGCCAUUGCCCGCCUGUAUCGAGACGUUCCCGAGCUCCAAGAGACGAAACUCGGAGCAGGUGAUGGCCGCGAGCACUCAAAUUCUCGUCUGCUGCCCACUCGUCAGACGGGAUCGGGACCGGACCGGGUUUGGCGCUAUGCCUGUGCCUUGACGGCCUUGACGAUCUCGGAUUUCAGCUUCUACAUGGCCCAUCUCGCCUUUCUCCCGUCCUUCGCCUGCGCGAUGCUAUAUCUUACCGUCCUUAGUUUCUCCGGUCAGAUGAUUACCUAUCUGCUCUCGGCCGGUUACUCCUCGAUGCAUAUCAGUGUGGCGAGAUCGCUCAGUGUGAUCAUCGAGGUUUUGGCCACGUGGGUUGCCCCUUGGCUCAUGAGCCUCAUUGGACCUGUGAGAGCAGGUCUUUGGCUAAGCAGUUGGCAACUCGUCAUGCUCUCAGGUGGCAUCGCUGUGUUUUUCUUCUACGAAAACAACCCACUCGUCUCCGCCAGCGGUCUGGUGGUUGGCACGAUUCUAAGUCGGCUUGGGCUUCGAGGUUUCGACCUCUGCAUGCAACUGAUUAUCCAAGAGGUGAGGGCCGUGGUCCAAUCGGCCAGCGUGAGUGGUAUGGCGCCGUAG